GUGCGCAGGCGCGUGCUCGUGAGAGCUGAGUUGGAGGAUCAUGGCGGAGCGCAGGAGGCACAAGAAACGGGUCCAGGAGGUGAGCGAGCCCACCAAGGAGGAGAAGGCUGUGGCCAAAUACCUCCGCUUCAACUGUCCGACCAAGUCCACCAACAUGAUGGGCCACCGUGUAGACUAUUUCAUCGCCUCUAAAGCAGUGGACUGUCUGAUGGACUCCAAAUGGGCCAAAGCCAAAAAGGGAGAAGAGGCCGUGUUUACCACCAGGGACUCUGUGGUCGACUACUGCAACAGACUCCUGAAGAAGCAGUUUUUCCAUCGUGCUCUCAAAGUGAUGAAAAAAAAGCCUGAGAAAGAUGUGAAGAAGGAGAAAGAAAAAGAGAAAGUGAAAGGAGACAGCAGCAAAGAGGAGGAGAAGAAGAACAAGAAAGACAGGAAGAAGGAGCCGGAGGAUAAAAAGGAGAAAGAGAAGGAGAAGGAAAAGGAAAAAGAAAAGGAGAAGACUGAUGACUGCCCUAGUACGCCCAAAAAGAAGAAGGAAACAAAAAAGAAGUUUAAACUUGAACCUCAUGAAGACCAGCUGUUUCUGGAUGGGAAUGAGGUGUAUGUGUGGAUUUAUGACCCUGUACAUUUUAAGACCUUCGCUAUGGGACUCAUUCUUGUGAUCGCGGUGAUAGCAGCCACUCUGUUCCCUCUGUGGCCGGCGGAGAUGAGGGUGGGGGUCUAUUACCUCAGUGUGGCAGCCGGGUGCUUCGUGGCCAGUAUUUUACUCCUCGCUGUCGCCCGCUGUAUCCUGUUCCUGAUCAUCUGGCUCUUCUCUGGUGGACGACAUCACUUCUGGUUCCUGCCCAACCUCACAGCGGACGUGGGCUUCAUCGACUCCUUCAGACCCCUGUACACCCACGAAUACAAGGGCUCCAAGUCCUCCUCCUCUUCCUCCUCCAAGAAAAAUAACCAGGACAAGGGAGACGACAAGACCGUCGGCACCUCCGCCAAAGCCCCCAAAUCAGACAGCGACAAAUCCGACAGCGAGAAGAAAGACGACGAAGAUGAUGACGAAGAGGAGGAAGCCAGGGAGGAGGGGUUAGAGGAAGAGGGGGUGGGGCUAGACGAGGAAGGGGCGGGGUUAGAGCGGCAGUCGGACACCGAUAGCGACAGGCGGGAAGACGAGGGAUCGCAACACAGCAACGGGAACGAUUUCGAAAUGAUCACCAGAGAAGAGCUCGAGCAACAUACAGAAGAGGAGGAAGAAGAGGAGGAGGAGGAGGAGGGGGGAGAGGACGAAGACGAGAGGGAGGGCGAAACGAAAACUUGUCAAUCGUAAACUUUAAAGUCCGUUCGCCGUCACGACUUUUUCUGUCCCCUUUCACAACAUUGUGUUUAGAUGUUCCACUAAACAUGACCGCAGACCAAGCCCAGUGUAAAGUCAAUGCCAUAAAGACAAAUGGUGGAAAACUUGUACAAAUCUAAAAGAAGAAGAAGCCUUAUUUUGGUGGAUUCGACGCCAAAAUGUUAUUUAAAACUGCCACUGGACAUCCGCGUGUUUGCCCGAAGAAACCCACAACCGCAUUUUCCACAUACAGUAAUUUCAACUCAGAAAUGUGUUGUUUUUAGACAUGAUUCAUCUUCAUUUAUCAGGGUCAAGAGUUGAGGUAUAGUUUACAUAAUACUCACUGUAACACUCAAAAGCCCACAGAAAACGUCAUGGCCCCUUUUGCACCUGUAGUGUUGGAGUGAUGUUAUUCAGAGGUUUCAAGUUAUGGCUACGGUCCUUUGUUGUUAUAGUAAUUACACAACUUAGAUAAAAAAUAUAUUAUUGAAUGGUUAAAGCCAUCACAAAGUCCUUCAGAUCAGGAAGGAAUCAUUUGUCUUUGAAACCCUGAAUUUCAUUUUUAAACACAUUACUUAUGGUGCUAAAAAUUCACCCGUUUUCACAUUUUUUAUUAGCACAUGGUCAAGUAUGGCAUUUUCCAUUUCUUUCAAAGCGCACUAUGUAACUUUUCUGUUGGACAUUUCGCUUAUCUCUAUGGAAAUAAUAUUGCUUUGCCUGGAAUGUUCCAUAGUAUGGCAUGAACUCCUUGCACUUAAUCAAUUUCAAGUGUUAUGGUUCUUACAGUAAACAGGGACACCUCCACAGAUCCGACCUGUGACUCUAAAGGUCUAAUUGGGUCACCUGCUUGUACGUCUCCAUGGAGACAAGCACGCUGACACACUCUUCUUCAGAAAAGUUACAUGGAGCUUUAAAAUGCAUCCAGCUGUCUGUAUGUUGGCAUAAUGAAAUUUUAGAAUAUGCACAACUGCUUUUUUUUAUGUUGAUGUCAAAUAAUACUGAGACAAUCUUCCAUUCUUUCAAAUUUAGGUUUGUAAUUCUGAAAAACUCAAAGUAAUUCAGUUAAUGCAGAUGAAUUAAUAUAUUUAUUCUAGUUUGUCAAGAGGUAAAUGCCAUAAUUAUUCCCCAUGAAUGACUUUUCUUGUAUUAAAACACCAAAGGAAUAAAAUGCUAUGAAAAUAUCGACGAACCUGCAUGUUAGGUACGAAGGGGGCCAUUUAGAUUUUUGUGGCAGUCGUCGUCUUGGGUGAAAAACAAAUUACAUUACAGCUGUUUCACAAAAAUAACUGUAGAGUCUGGAAUCUUUCUCAGACCACUCCUCAUGUGGAUGAGCCCUUCACAAACUAAAGCAGAUGGACCAAAAGCCUGUAUUUAACACAAAGAAAACCAUAAGAGGUACUUUAUCCCGUGAAUGUUUUGUAAAAAAAAAAAAUCAUAAUCUUCGGUCAGUCUUGUUUUUGUUUGGCGUCGAGUCAGAGUAAAUGCGAUAUAACUGGUCAUUUUGUUUUUUGGGGAGAUGAAAAAGCUAGUUUAAGUUUAGAUCAUAAUUCCUGGUCAGCAUCUCUAGUGCCAAACAACUGAAAAUGUCUGACUUAUGUUAUGGAGAAAAAACAAAUGUAUCAGUUAUUUUUUGUCUCUGUUAAUACAAUAUUCAGCAAAGAUUUUGAGCAGGUUUGAUAAACUAGUAAGUCAAAAUGCCCACCAAAACACGGUUACAACGGUGUUUCUGAUAGUCUAAAACUGAACUCCUUGUGGUUGGAGUUGGUUUUCUUUUUGUGCAAAAGUACAGAAUUUACUUUGAAAAUACAGUUGAAGUUCAAAUUAGUUGUCUUUCUGAAAAAAAAUUCUCAUGUGACCAAUUAAUCUGAAUUUGAAUGUAAUUUUUAAAGAAUUUGAAUUUAUGUUUUUCAUUUUCAGUUUUCCCCCACACAUCUUUACCUGCUCAAGACAUUUGCUGAGUUUUGUAGCUUGUCAAAAUCUACUCGUUUCUUCAAUAUUUUAAACGCUCAACCCAAAUGACCAAGGUUAUUUUUAGCCAUAGCAACGAGUUAAAUAUUUAAGCAUAGAAACUGAUCAUUUAUAUAUGAAUUAUAUUGAAAGAUGAAAUGUAUACAUGUCUAGUUUAUAAAUCUUUCUUUUCUAUGCAUUAACAGCUCCCGUUUUAUUCCCCCAAACUUUCAUUCUGUUUGUUAUUUUCAAUGUCAUGAAUUUCUGUGUAAGUUACGAGUUAGUGGGUGUUUUUUAUCAUUUAAAUGUAUUUUUUUUCUUGUCAUUACUCAUGUUGUGGUCAAUAUUUAACUUUUUCCAUUACAAAACCAUUAACUUACACAACACUGGCCACAUCUGUUUGUUUCCCAUAGCGUUUUAAAAGGAGUAAUAACAAUAAUAAAACAGCCAUAACAUUAUGACCAACUGACAGGUUAAAGGUCUUGUGGAGGCAUAAUUGCUUUGUCUGUAAUUUUCCACAGUAUAGCAUUAAAUGUAUUACCUUGUAUAAAUAUCAUUGUUGAGCUACAGGUUGGUGGUGUGAUUCCAGCUCCCACAGAUGAACCGUUGUUGUGUCCUUGGGCUUUUCCCCCGGUGUGUGAAUGUGUUUCCUUCAUGUAAAGCGCUUCAUAAAAAUGUGACCUUUUACCAUUUUAGUUCAGUUUAUUAAUACAGUGGAACAUUUCAGAUAAUGCAAUAACAUCUCCACGGAGACGAGAAAGUUACGGACCCUCCACCGUCCACAAAAGCUAUACAGCACACCUUUCAGUAAAUGACAGGUUAUGGCUUCAACAUGGAUUAGGAUUUAUUAGACAGAAAGUGCAGGAACAUUUAAAAAUAAUAAUAUAGUGUUCAUAUUUCAGUUUAUUUAUUUUUCGAAUUAUAUAAUAUUAAUAUAUCAAAAACUGAAAUUAACGUUUGCUACUGGUUCAUAGCGUCUCCAAAACUGCUAUUGUGGAAUUUUCCCUCUCUGAAGUAUUCAAAUAACAAAAUAACAUUACAUUAUAACCAUUUAAUAUUACAAAGGUGGUCAUACUAUUACGCCUGAUUUGUGUUUACAUUAUAGAAGAAUCAGGAUCUGUUUAUUCAAAAUUUAAAAAAAUAAAAAAUUCGUCCUCUUAUCUACCUUUAAUAUCACCUCACCCAACUUAACCAGUUAUUUUUCUUACAUUUUUAAUUGUAAUUUUUAAUCUAAGUGGCAGUGUACACGCUAGCUGCCCUAUAUAUUAAAAAUAGCCAGUCGUCACCCUAGAAACUGGUGUAAACAUUUCAGAAUAAGACUCACGUUGGUUGUUUGUUGCACAGUAUGGGUCUGUCUUAUGUUGUAGUAUUACUCUUUAUGCUGCUGCUUUCACUGCACAAUUCUGGGAGAAAAGUCAAAAUGUACAAAUGUUUUAUCUCCGUGUCUUUCUGAUCACCUAGUUGUUUCACAAUUGGGUCUAUUCUUCUUAAGACUGUCUCAUGCAAUAUUAUUAUUAUUAGAGUAUAAUUUAAUAAAAAAAAAAUUGGAUGUCUGGAAAUAUAUAUGUAUCUUAUCAUUGCAAUAAAAAUAUACAAAGCA